GUAUCAUGACAAUCUGAAAAUGGCGGAUGAAAACGGAUUGAUUUAACUUUAUCGAACAAAAAUAAGAAUAUCAAGUGAAGAACGACACCAUCGCACAGGAUGAGUUUGCAGCUCCGCAGGGAUUUUUAAGCAUCCUUCUACACAGCGGCUCCACACUAUAGGCGGAAAGCGAAAGUUGAAGGCUAGAACAUGGCAGAGGAUAAAUCCCGUUAUAGCAAACGCCUGCGGUCUGGCACACGACGGCGGUACCAGGAUGAUGGCAUUUCAGAUGAUGAGAUUGAAGGGAAGAGGUCUUUUGACCUUGAUGAGAAACUCCAAAGUGACCGAUAUAACUCUAAUUUGGUCAAAAUUAUGGAUGGCAAAGACUUCACCUUGGAGUACAUCCAGCGGGAGGGUCUCCGAGACCCCAUUAUCUUCAAGAAAGCAGAUGGUCUUGGCAUAAAGAUGCCUGACCCAGACUUUAGCGUCAGUGAUGUGAAAUUAUUUGUGGGCAGUCGAAGGAUGAUUGAUGUAAUGGAUGCAGCCACUCAAAAAGGCAUCGAGAUGUCAAUGGGGCAGUGGAGGAGAUACUACGAGACGCCGGCAUCUCAGCGCGAGAAGCUGUACAAUGUCAUCAGCCUUGAGUUCAGCCACACAAAAUUAGAGCAUCUUGUUAAGAGACCAACCUCGGUUGAUAUGAUUGACUGGGUGGACAAUAUGUGGCCGCGGCAUCUUAAAGAAAGACAAAGAGACUCCACUAAUGCCAUUACUGACAUGCAGUACCCCAAAGUACAGAAGUAUUGUCUGAUGAGCGUCGAGGGAUGCUUUACAGAUUUCCAUAUAGACUUUGGAGGCACAUCAGUCUGGUAUCACAUCCACAAGGGAGGAAAGGUUUUCUGGCUGAUCCCUCCCACACCUCAGAACCUGGAGCUUUAUGAGAACUGGGUGUUGUCUGCAAAACAGGGUGACAUCUUUCUUGGGGAUAAAGCCUCUAUGUGCCAACGGAUUGAACUGAAACAAGGCUACACCUUCAUGAUCCCCUCAGGCUGGAUCCACGCAGUGUACACUCCGAUGGAUACUCUGGUGUUUGGGGGGAAUUUUCUUCACAGCUUCAACAUUCCCAUGCAGCUCAACAUUUUCAACAUUGAGGACCGGACACGAGUCCCUUCUAAGUUUCGCUACCCUUUCUAUUUUGAGAUGUGCUGGUACGUCUUGGAGCGAUACUUGUACUGUUUGACCAACACCUCUCACCUCACACCUGAGUUUCAGAAGCACUCACUCGGCAUUGGGCUGAAAAAGGAGGAUGUUAUUAAACCAGCAAAACCUGACGGGGAUUCUGAAAAUGAAGAUGAGGAGGUGCUAAAGGAGGAGCCGGAAGAAGAGGUGGCAGUCACUCCUCCUGCCCGUCCUGGGGUGAAAGUUCAUCUCACACCCUUUGAGUUGGAGGGUCUUUGGGCAUUACUGCAUAAGUUGGAGGAUUUGCCAGCACACAAGAAAUGUGUUCCAGCAGGCAUCAGAAACGCCCCAGCACUGCUCAGCGACAUGAGGAAACUGCUAGAAGAACACGCCAAUGAUAGCCCCAAACUGUCUUACACUGGAAAACCAAUAGUAAAAUGGCCCAAAAGGCCGUCAUGGUAUCAGCCGCCGCCGCCGCCACCACCUCCUCUGUCUCAUCUGUACCGGCCACGAACCCCCGGUUCAGGCUCAACGUUGGCGCCAGUUCCUCGGCCUGUGAAGCCGUCUUCCUCCAUCUCGGCUCUGAGACGUAGACGCGUGCGCUGCAAACGCUGCGAGGCCUGCCUGCGCACUGAGUGUGGCGAUUGCAACUACUGUAGGGACAUGAGGAAGUUUGGAGGACCAGGCAGACUGAAGAAGAGCUGUGUUCUCCGACAGUGUCUUGCACCAGCGCUACCUCUUACUGCAGUAUGUGUCAUAUGUAAGGAAGGCAACCAGGACUCUGAAGACACAGAGUCCGUCCAGAUGCUCAUGGAAUGCUCCGAAUGCGCUCACAUCACUCAUCCAGAAUGUAUAAAGGUUCCAGGUGAGGGUGUUAUCAAUAAGGACCUUCCCAGUUGUUGGGAAUGUCCCAAAUGCGUCCAGGGCAAAAAAACUGAGUCUUCGAGUAGCAGUGAAGAGGAGACAGACAGCAGUGUAUCCAACAGCAGUCGCUUGUCUGGUCCUCCAACUAAGCGAGCAUACAGAGAAGGCAUUGGGGUGGAGGGUUUGCGUAUCGCUCGCAGAGGUCGUUCCUCAAUCUCCCCCUCGUCUCUGCCAAUGACCCGCUCCAGACGCCAGCCGCCCCCUUCUCAGAGACUACUGCUGCAGCACCAGCAGAAUCGGAAGAGGGCAGGAGCGCUGGAGUUACAGCUCAGGAAAAGGAUCAAAUUGGAAAGGAACAAAAUCCUCCAUUCGACCCGUUCGCCUGUCUCUCUUUCUCCAAAGCUCCUGCGUCAGCGGAGUCUGGAGAGAAGGGGUUUAGUCAGAGCAGGACCUGGACAAAGCCUUUCCCGCGGCCGAGGGUCAUCCGCCUGCCGCGGCCGAGGGUUACGAGUGCGAGGUGGCGGAAGGGGUGCAGGUCUAAGAGAAAGAAUGGAGAUGGUGGUUGAAAGAGCCGAUUCUGCAGAAGAAGAGCAGCAGGAGAGGAAAGAGAACGGACAGUAUAAUGGGAAAGAGAAUCGCCCUCAGAGACUAAGUGGAAAAGCGGGCGAAGACGAGAACGGCGACAGUCAUCAAAAUGGAGAGAGCGAGAGAAGCAGUGAAGGAGGAGAGCCCACUGCGUCUGACACUUCUGCAGCGCUCACCGAUGAUGUCAGAGGCCAGGAGUCUUGCGUCACGGUCAAGUUACAGCCAUCAAGAGGUAAACGUGAUCCUAGCACCAUCGUUCCCAAAUUGGAAGCCAACUUGUCUUCAAGAAGCCUUCCGCAAAACCACAAAGCCCUCCUUCGUCCCCCGCUCCGAAACGGCGCUCGUUGUUCAGACGCUCCUCAUUCUCCUGCAGACAGAUUGCAUGUAAACAAAUCACGCGCUCUUUCGUCAUCAUCACACACCCUCACGAGGCGCGCAUCCAAAAACUCACAGUCGGUACAGGGUCUGAGAUCAAACUUUGAAGAUUCCAGUCACCGCCUGACUCGAGAGAGAAUCCAGAAAAAUGCUCGAUCGGAAAGAGCCAAGUCCUCUGACUCCUGUGCCAGUUCCACCUUCCGGCUCUCAGCGGAGCACUCUAGAGGAGGGAACGAGCCAGGCUGGGAGAAAGAGGUGUGGGUGUCCGUCUUUCGCUAUUUGACUCGUGCAGAGCUCUGCGUUUGCAUGGCUGUUUGCAAGAGUUGGUACAAAUGGGGCUGUGACAAACGUCUCUGGACACGGAUCAGUCUGAGCCGAAGCCGUUCAAUGAGUCCGCAGGUCCUGACGGGUAUCAUCAAGCGGCAGCCCGUCACACUGGAUCUCUCCUGGGCAAGUAUCUCCAAGAAGCAGCUCAGCUGGCUCAUCAACCGCCUGCCAGGCCUUAAAGAUCUGGUGCUAUCAGGGUGUAACUGGUCAUCAGUUUCAGCACUGAGCUCUCCAAGCUGUCCUUUACUGCGCUCUUUAGACCUGAGCUGGGCCGAUGGCAUCAAAGACGCACAAAUCAGGGAGCUGCUGAACCCACCAGGCAGUGACAACCGUUCCCAGAUGAAGAACAUGCAGUGUUUGUGGCUGUGUGGUCUGGAGGUGACUGAAGCAACGCUGAGGCUGAUCAUCAGACACAUGCCUCUGCUCACACGCCUGGAGCUCUCACGUUGUCCAAUCACAGAUGGUGCUCUUAACCUCCUCAGUGCUGUGGGCUCCUCCACACGCAACACACUCACACACCUCAACUUGGCUGGUUGCACCCAGCUGACAGACAGAUGUCUGGUGUACCUGCGGCGUCUCUCCUGUCUCUCCAUACUGGACCUCCGCGACUGCAAAGGAGUCUCGGUGCAGGCAUGCCAAAGCUUUAUCUCUGAGCUGUCUGUCAAUGCCCUCUACUACCUAUCAGAUGACAAACUCAUCGAGAGGAUAUCAUAAAAGCCGUGCUCCUCAGGGAGAGAGAGAGAGAGACUUUGUGAAUAUUGGUGCGUCUCAGAAGGAACUAUAAAAGCGUGCUCAUGUGCGUGUGGCUUCGGUAGGUCUGUAAGGAGCUUCUGUGUUGGACAGAGAACCAGGGUUCAUGUAUAGCAGCUUUAGGAGGGAGGAGCUCCAAGCAUUCUGGGCGGGGCUUAUGUAUAAAUGGGUGUGGGCGAGGAGGAUCCUUUUGUAGUUAAAACUGUUUCCUUUUGUUUCUGUGUUCACACUGCAAGCGGCAAUCAGAUUGGUUCUCAGGCCUGUCAUGCCAUGGGCUCUUCAAUUCAAGAGAUCAACAGGUGCUAUUCCUCGACAGCUUGUUUUCUAUUUUUGAGAAGUCUGCUUAUAAAAACUUGUACUUUUACUCUAAUCCAGUGCUUUUCGAUCCUGCUACUUGAGACUUGGCGCUCUGCACAUUUUGUGUUUCUCUUUUCUUAUCUGAUCAUAAUGGAGGGCUGUUUCCACCACAGGAGAAUCUCAUUUUAAAAGGUAAUUGCAACUUUCUCACAAUUGUGACUGUUGUUUUCUCUCAAAAAAGAUAUUUCUUAGAGUUACAAGGUAAAAAGCGAAAUGCUUUGAUUUCUUGCAGAUUUGAUUUUCAUGCAGUUAUGAGUUUAUAUUUCACAGUUUUUAAGACCACAAUUCAGUUUUUUUAAACCUUCUCAGAAAUGCAAAGGAAGAAGUUUGAAUUCUAGUUUAUUUCUCAUCAUUUUCCACAGUUAACAUAUCUCUAAUUAAAAUACUGCAGUUCUAACUUUUCUUCUAAGAUAUGAGUAUUUCAGUAGAGCACAUUUUAUUUUAUAUCUGGGGUUUCAGAUUUAUUUGUUGCCAGAAUUGAGAAGCAUACAAUUGCCUUUAUUUAAUUUUUUUAACCUGUGGUGAAAACAGGCUCCUGUUCUCAGUUCGGUUCAUGGAGCUCUCACUUAAAGAGCUAAUGAUCUGAAUGGGGUUUGGUAAGUAAAGGAUGCUAUAUGAAAUUUGCAGAGUGCUGGAUCCUUAUGACUAGGACUAAAAGCACUGCCUUGUCCAGAUCCUGUCACCUAGACGCAUUCAUUUAUCCUAAGUAGUGUGGAAACAUUUUUUUGUUUUUUUGUUUUCUCCGUUCAUCCCCUUACUUUAAGCAUCGUUUUACUUGAGGAAUAACUUCUUUUCUGUAAAAUUCCUCUCCCUCCUUAACACCUGAGAGUAUAGAGAUAUAUAAAUAUACUAUAAGCACCCUUGUGUAAAUGUAUUCCUCUCCUGUAGUAAGAGAAAAGUCUGUAGCAUUAUAAUUUUCAAAACUUUUUCACAUUUGUUUUUUUUUUCUUUUUCAAGCCAAUAAAAAAUGAUACAAAUGUGA